ACUAUCUGGGGAAUUUGCAGAAUUUGCACAGACCCCCGAUGGAAACAUCGACACUGAGGGUCUGGUGACUGAGGUAAAUUCUACUUAGAUGAACCUGUACAUCGCGGGUACUGCUAUUUUCUCCUGGUGGGCCCUCUUUAGUUCCUGGUGCUUCAGUGUCUUGAAGUGUCAGGUGUAGGAAAAAUACUGAGACAAACUAAUCCCUACUUUGUCUUAGUAUAUCUCUUGACUGGGUUGGAAUUUCACUGAAAUUCCAACACAGUCAAAAUGAGUAUUUCUUUAUGAAAUACUAAUACUUCAGGGGUUGGGGUGACAGUGCUGCUUAACAUAUAAAUUGGAUAAGAUGGAUAUGCAAGGCAUAAAAUAAUUACUGGUAAAGCUAUACAGGUAUUAAAUACCACAUGUGGGUUAAAUAAACUUUACAAGUCAGGUGAAAUAUUAUUUAACACUUUGCAUGCACCUCUGCCAGCAUUGCACUCCCUUUUACAUUAAAGAGCUAUAAAGUCAAAUUAAAUAUUGAUCCUAUAUAAAAUGAACUCUCAUUUGUGUUUGAACUGGACCCUGAAACAAUAUGGCAGUGUGAAAUGGUAUGCCUGCCCUACUAGUCCACAAACUUCCAUGACAAAUUACGUACCUAUAUCACAACUGCUCACAUCACCAUAUUUCUUUGUACAUCAUUCCUCCUUUAUGGGGAGGUUAGAGUAAAUAAACUGAUCAAAAUGAGACCCCGUUAUAGUUAAACUGAUUUAAGUUAAAAAAUUUUUUAAUAUAUAUCACACAAAUAAAUACAAAUUCUGCAUGAUUUGCAUAAACAAUCUAAAGGAUUAUUGCAUCUUGGGUAUUUCACCAUCACCUUUAAUCGCUUUUCCAUAGCCCAUUGAUAUUUAAGUGACAAAAGCUCUGCUUGUUGGCAGGUCAUCAGGUGCCCAUCUGGGUGUAGGGUGCAAGGACUGAUUACCAAACUGGGAAAAGAAAUCAUGAGUCGAGUGGACAAAACAAAAAAAUCUUGCCUGACAAGUAACACCAUCUAUUUAUCAUCCCUUCCUGGAAUAAAACAACUGCAUGAUGCCAUUGAAGAAAACAUGCUUAAUGAACAAGUUGCUUUCAGAAACUUUGCAGAAGUUGGGCAACUGCUCCGGAACAGACUUUCAGCUCUUGGAGUGAAAGUUAAGGAACAAAAAAUGAAAAUUGAAAAUGUACUGAGUGAUCUCAAAGAGCAGAUGGCGACAAUGAAAAGGCUGGAGGUGGAUAUAAGUAUCAAGCUUCACGCCUGUGGAGGUUCUUGUUCUAAAGUCCAGUUUUACAAAACGAACACAGAGAAUUAUACUAUUUGGAAGAAGCAUUUGGAUGAAAUUAACACAAAGUCCACAAUUCAAGCCAAAAAUCAAAGUCAUAUUAAUCUAUAUUUUAUAGCAAAUAAUGUAACCAAUUACACUGAGUCACCUGUUGCUCUUAAUGGGAUGCAACUUGGCCUGUUUGCCAAUAUAGAGCAGUAUGUAUUAAAGGCCGAAAAAGUCGAGAACAAUCAGACAAAUAGUGCAGUGUAGGUGCUGUUUUGGUAGGUGAUUUGGCGGUUAAAUUCUAUGGCUGACUACUUAUGUUUUAAAAAGACAUAUAUAUUAAUUAAGUGUAGAAAUAAGAUUUACAUGUAAAAGAAAAUACUCAUGCACAAUUUAAAUGAAAAUGAAUAGGAAGGAUUUUGAAUUUUUUUUAUGGAAAAUAUGUUGACCUAUGAUUACUUUAUUGGGGUUUAUUCUGUUAAUUGGCAAGUGUGGAGAAUUGACCGGGGAAAAGUAAAUUCUAAACAAUAUUAGCUAAGAUGGAAACGAGGUUAAAAGAACCCUUCAGCAUUAGAUAUAAAUACACUCAUUUAUAGAGGUCAAGUGUUGAUGAGUCUUAUACCUGAUUAUUAAUGGGUUAGUUUUUCUCUAACCCAGAGGCGAGACAGUCACUCACUGA